AUGUCGUCGACGAAGAGGAACAACGCUCAGCUCGACAGGUCUUACAAGAGGGCCCGGGGGAUCAAGGACGACCGCAGGGGGCCAAAGGUGGACCCCAACACCAUCCUCCGCAUCGCGUUCAUCGCGAUGGGCCUGAAAGCGCUCAACGAGCACGUGAAGCGUACGCACGGCAUCAACGCGUUCGCGCACGGGAAGCGUCUGGCGGUGGACGCGAUACGGGAUGUGCGCUCUGCGUUUUCCAGGAUGCUGGCGCCGAAGUCUGGCGGCGGGAGGGGCGACCGGGGACGGCCCAACUCACGGAGCUUCAAGGGCAAAGGGAAGAGGCUGGGGAAGCGCUGA